CGAAAUGCCACCCGCCCCUCAGCUUCCUUCCCGACGACGUCUAUCACCGUUCCAUGGACAGCGCUGGUCUGACCGCCCAUGGCCUAGCCAUCUUCCUCGGACUCUGCACCCUCUACUGCGUAGAGCGCCUCGGGAACGCCGAGCUUAGCUCCAUACCAACCGUCGGUCCACGCGGCUACUUCUCGUCUUACUAUGGCGCUGUCAGGUUCAUAGGCCAUGCCAGGGAGAUGAUACAGGAGGGAUACGAAAAGUUCAAGGGCGGUGUCUACAAGGUCCCCAUGGUAGACCGCUGGGUCGUGGUUGUCACGGACCCAGACUCGAUCGACGAGCUUCGCAAGAAGACGGAGGAGGAGCUGUCGUUUGACCAGGCUACCAAAGACCUUCUCCGAGUCGAGUACACAUUUGGCAACGAGGUUCAAUUGAAUCCCUACCACGCCAUGGUCGUUCGAAAUCAACUUACCCGACGGCUGGCCGACAUAUUCCCAGCUAUGCACGAAGAGAUUGUUCUGGCAUUUAAUGAUGUAAUACCCGCUCAGCAAAACGAAUGGGUUGCUGUGACUGCUUACGAGGCCAUGAUGUUAAUUACUUGCAGAGCAAGUAAUAGAAUAUUCAUCGGCGAGGAUCUCUGCCGGGAGCCUGAACUAGCGGAUAUUCAGGCAAACUUCGCUCUGCAAGUAGUUAUGCGCGCUACAUUGAUGAAUUUCUUUCCGAAAAUUCUACAUCCCAUAAUAGGACGGUUGUUGACGAAUGCGCCUAGUAGUCUUCAGCGAUGCAUGACCCUCCUUGGGUCUGUAGUGGAAGAACGACUACGCAUAUUCGCCCGUGAUGGGCCCGAAUCAGCAGAGAUGCCUGACGACGUCAUCAGCUGGCUGAUCGAAGUCUCCAAAGAAGAGGACCGAAACGCGCGUAGCGUAUGCCUUCGUAUCCUAAUACUGAACUUCGCAUCUCUCCACACUUCCUCGCAGACGUUCACACAUGCUUUAUACCAUCUUGCCGUUGCCGACCCAAACACACUCACACUUCUACGUGAAGAGAUACAGACAGUGACCGACGCUGAAGGGUGGACAAAGUCUGCCAUGAGCAAUCUUUGGAGGCUGGACAGCUUUCUGAAGGAGUCUCAGCGUGUCAGCGGCACUAGCAUAUUACCUGUAGUUCGAAAAACCAUGAAGACCAUGACACUAUCGAACGGCAUCGUGAUCCCCACUCACACGCAUGUCGCGAUCGCCACGAUACCAAUACAUCGCGACGAGCAGUACUACGAAAACGCUGAUUCAUUCCAGCCAUUUCGAUUCGUGAAAUCGUGGCCGGAAGGAGACGAGGGCAGUUUGUCUCAACAGCUAGUUUCUACGUCUUCGUGCUAUAUGGCCUUUGGUCACGGUCAGCGAGCAUGCCCAGGCCGUUUCUUUGCCUCGCUGAUCAUGAAAACCAUGAUGGCUCAUCUAGUGCUUCAUUACGACGUGAAGGUGGAAGAUGGCAUACGCCCACCAGAUCAGUGGAUGAUGAUGAACUGCUCGCCUAAUCGGACAGCAAAAGUUUUGUUCCGGAAACGACAGGCAUAAUCUGCCACCAUACCAGAUCCUAUGCUAGAUUUUUUGUUCCAUGACUUAUACGCUUCUUAUUCAUCUCUUCCAUCUUAGUUCUUACCCCACAUUAGUCUGUACGCGUCCUACUA